GCCAUGUCUGACGAGAACAGCCGUGAGCUAUCGCGACUUUGGCGCGUGCUGCGAACCACCAAACAGAUGUGUUCCGAUCGAGGUUACGAGCUGACCGAUGAAGAAUGCAACAUUUCUCUCGAAGAAUUCCGCCAGCAAUACGCAGACGAGUCCGGCGCACCCUCGCGAGUCAAGAUGGCCUUUACAGCUCGACCUUCUGACGCCAUGAUCAAAAAGUACACGCCCAUCCAGCGACCGGGGCAAGACGAGAAACCGCCCGAGAUUGGUACUAUCCACGUCGAGUUCUCCAACGACGCAAGCAUCGGCAUCAAGCAACUGAAGCAAUUUGCAUCAAAUCUGGCAGACAAGAAUUACUACACUGGAAUCUACGUAUCGCAAGUGCAACCAACUUCUGCUGCCCUCAAAAUCAUCCCGUCUGUCCAUCCGCUUAUUAUGGAAAUUUUCAAAGAGGAUGAUCUGCUGGUCAAUAUCAGCCGGCACGAGCUGGUGCCUAAGCACAUUCUCCUGAGCCAAGAGGAGAAGCGCGGGCUACUUGAGCGAUACCGCCUGAAGGAAACGCAGUUGCCGCGUAUCAGAAUCGACGACCCCAUGGCACGCUAUCUCGGUCUGCGCCGCGCACAGGUCGUCAAGAUCAUUCGGAAAUCAGAAACCGCUGGUCGAUAUGCGAGCUACAGGUGGGCGAUUUGAGGACAAGUGCAAACAAAAAACAUGUUGCAUUUUCGGAAUAGCGAGGCGUCAGGAGUCGAAUGGGCAUGGGCAUGUAUCAGUACGCAUUCACCAAUUCAAUGGGACAAAAGGACAAAGACCAG